AUGGCUUUAUUAAAUUUUAUAUUCCCGUCAUCCUUCUUUUCCUCGUCAUCGCCAGCGCCAGUCGUCAAACGACGUCGACAUCUAUCGGAAAAGACACCAUUACAGCCAAAACGGCGGACUCCGUUGAGGGGGGCUCAAAAGCAACCCACCGAUCUCCUCAACUCAGGCCCACAGACGACAUUGAACGCUGUUCCCAUCCCUUCACCCUCUUCUGCUACUACCAAUCCGUCACCCAUACUUCCCACUGCGAAUGCACUUACAUCAUCAGACCCAGCUCCAGUGCCAUUAUACACCAAGAGGGGAUAA